AUGUCGACCUUGACACAUCCAGAAUGGAACCAGGAGACGGGUGGCCUCGAAGUCGCGAAGGCGUUCGCUGACCAGAUUCGAGGGAAGAGUGUACUCAUCACCGGUGUAUCACCCGAAAGCAUUGGUUCUUCCAUAGCCCUCUCCAUCGCUUCCCAGAACCCAAAGCUCGUGAUCCUCGCCUCGCGCACCAAGCACAAACUAGAACAAGUACUUAAGAACGUCCAGAAUGCCUAUCCAGACGUCGCACUCAAAAUUGUUCUCCUCGAUUUGAUGUCCCAAGAAUCUGUCAGAGCCGCCGCGAAGGAGGUCUCGCAGUUGACAGGCCGCCUGGAUCUGAUCAUCAACAAUGCAGGUAUCAUGACACCAACGCGCCAAACGACCAAAGAGGGCAUCGAGGGACAAUUUGGCGCAAACCACAUUGGCCACUUCUUGCUCACCAAUCUGCUCAUGUCUCAACUUUUGGCUUCGGUAUCGUCUUCAAAGGAGGGUGCAACACGCGUCAUCAACCUCACUUCCCUGGGCCACCGACUCAGCGCAAUGCGCUUUUCCGAUUACAACCUGGAGAAGAGCAAUGAGGAGGUUCCUGAGGCAGAAAGACAUGUGCCAUUACCCCCGGCGUUUUCAAAGACGGCAAGCGAUGGGUAUAACGGGUAUGUCGCGUACGGACAGGCGAAGACGGCGAAUAUCUUGUUCUCCGUGGGUAUGAAUGAGAAGUUUGGAAAUCAGGGUGUGAAGAGCUAUGCUGUUCAUCCUGGAUCCAUCUGGACUGGUCUCAGUCGCGACUUGGAUGCAGAUGGUGAAGCUGCGAUUAGAAAGACGAGCCCGUUCUGGAAGAACCAUGAUCAAGGGGCUGCGACGGUACUAGUCGCGGCACUAGACCCUGCUUUGGACGAGUCGAAGGGCGUUUUGCUGCAUGACUGUCAGAUGUGCGACGCCAUGCCGUACGCGACCGACACGAACUUAGCCGAGCAACUGUGGGCGCUGAGUGAGAAGUUGAUUCAGAGUAGCUUCAAAUUGUGA